UUCGAUCAAUGGGAGGGGGCGGACGGGGCGUUGGGUCGUUUUAAGCGUUGCGGUUGCGUGUGCGGUGUCUCAGAGGACGGAAGGCGCCGAAGGCCGCUCCAAUCUUGGACUCGUUCCUCCGUCUCUCCAGCGCAUCCCUCUCGCCGCCCCCUCACUUCGCCUGCCUUCUCUUUUGGCGUCAUUGAAUCCGGACGAGCGGGCGUUACAAAUCUCUCUCUCUCUCUCUCGACCGGUCUCUGGCGCAAGGGACAUGGUGAUUCGAGCGCAGCGUCCGUCCGGUGUUCCACUGCUGAACGGAGGCGAGGAGAGGACGGGCGUCGAUUGUUCCCAACACCUGCCUGGUUUCUUGGACCCAUCGGCGGUGAUGUUCUCCGGUGGCGGAGCGACUGCGAACCCGAGGAAGCGAGGAAGAGAGGAGGCGGCAGUGGCAAUCGGGUCGACGCCGGUGCAAGAUAAUGACAGUAUUAGUAAUCUCUUGGUCUUGGGACCCAGCAGUCUUCCGCCAACGUUGAUAAGCCUCGCGCAUCUUCGAUCGGAAUCCGCUGCUCCCCUCACCUCCACCGGCCUCCAACUCGCCUUUGGCGAGCAGCAGCAGCAACGCGCCUGCAACCCCCUUCUUCCUGCUUCCCCAGCCCUCUUCGAGAAACUCGCCCCUCACCUUAAGCAGCACCAAGACGAAAUCGAUGGCUACCUACGCGCGCAGGGAGAACUUCUUCGUAGAACAUUGGUGGCGAAAUGGCGAUCGCACUACCAGGCUCUCCUGAGCGCCGCGGCAACUGCGGCACGGCAGAGGAUCAAGACGAAGGAAGCAGAGGUGGAGCAGGCCGCAAGGAAGAGCGCCGAGCUCGAGAGGCUAAUCGCCCGCCUGAGAGCCGAGACGCUUACCUGGCAAGCCAAAGCGGUGGCGGCCCAGACUGCGGUAGCGGGUCUACAGGCGCAGCUUCAGCGGGCCACGGAGGUGGCCGCGGCUGCCUGGGAGGGCGAGGGCGAGAGCGGCUCUGCCUCGUUGAUCGACCAAGAGCCGGCAGCCCAGGGAUCAUGCCGCGCGUGCCGGCUGCGAAACGCGGCGGUUGUGGUGCUCCCGUGCCGCCACCUCUCCCUCUGCGCCGACUGCGCGGCCGCCGGUGCCGUUGAUUCGUGCCCCGCUUGCGGGCGCAUCAGCACCGGGAGCCUCCACGUUGCCUUCUCCUAAGGCGACCGCCUCAUCAUCACCGGCGGCCCAUCAGUGCACCAUCCGACGCGCAUCACCAGCCGUCCAAACAUCAGGAAAUGGAAAUACUCUUAGUUUU